UCCCCCCCACCCCAACACGAGUCGGUCUCGGUGCCGAUUUUUGGGAGCGUGGGCGUUUAUAACGUGCACUGGCUCAUAGAUGAGAAAGGAGCUCUGACAGUCAACCACUCAUCCCGGGAGGACAGCACAUGUAAGUGGACAGGCAGAGUCCAACCAUCCGGUGCGGCCCAAUACUGGAACAUUUGAAACUGAAGCGCCUUUGACGCACAGACUCGCACUUGCAGCAGCGCAAGAAGCCAAGAGCCAGACGCACACCUGACAGUUUCACUCCAUUCACUCACUCACUUUACCUGCAGCCGAACAUGGAGCGAAAGAUUCCUGAUUUCGCCGGAAGCUGGGAGAUGAAGAGUUCUGAAAACUUUGAAGAACUUUUGAAAGCACUGAAUGUGAAUGUGAUGCUUCGAAAGAUUGCCGUGAAGGCAGCCUCCAGGCCGCAGGUGGACAUCACACAGGAUGGAGAGACUCUGUCGAUAAAAACGUCCACCACGGUCCGCACCACCCACAUCACAUUCACUGUGGGGCAGGAGUUCAAUGAGAGCACGGUGGAUGGACGUCCCUGCACGAGUUUCCCACGGUGGGAAACAGACAGUAAGAUCAGCUGUGAGCAGACUCUGCAGAAAGGAGACGGGCCUAAGACGUCCUGGACCCGAGAGCUCACCAAUGAUGGAAAGCUGAUCUUGACCAUGAGAGCUGAUGAUGUGAUUUGCACCAGAGUCUAUGAACGACACUGAACUAAAGCACUUCUCACUUUUCGUCCUUCCUGACCCCCCAAGACCAUCACCUGCAUCACCACUUGUGUCACAGCUCCUUUCUAUAUCAAUGCAGCACUGGAAGAUAGUAGUGUUUAGUUUCAUUCCUGUAUCUCUGUUAGCUCCACAAGACAGAUGACAAUGUGUGGUAAUUGUAUCUUGUAUGUCACGCAUCUACAUAAUAGUCUUGGCCUCUGGUUUAUCUGUCUUUCCAGCUCCAUCAAACAUGACCAGCUUGUUUUUAGACAUGAAAAUGUUGCAUGCUGUGUUGUGUGCCUGAUUUGCUAAAUGACAGCUCAUGUAUUUGGUAUUUGGUAUAUGGUGUGUGUGUGUGUGCGUGUGCGUGUGCGUGUAUGGCAGCAGAAAAGAUGCAAGACUAUUUGUAGAUGUAAACCAAUCUAUGAGCUCUUCCAGUUCCAGGUCAGUUUUGAUGUGUCUCUCUCUGUCCCUCAACUUUAAUCCUUCCUCAUGUUGCCAUUUUAUAUUUAUUAUCACUACACCAGCGUCUGAAACAGUAUUGCUAAGGUUUUUUACUUUUGUCUCUUUUAUAUGAAAUGUGAUCACAGCAAACAUCACUUUCUAUGGGAAAACAAUAAAGCAUGACAUCAACUUG